ACAGCCUUAACAUGGACGACGACGUGUUGACGACCCUGAAGAUUUUAAUAAUCGGAGAGAGCGGAGUCGGUAAAUCGAGUUUGCUCCUGCGUUUCACAGAUGAUACCUUCGACCCAGAAUUAGCAGCAACCAUCGGUGUGGACUUCAAAGUCAAAACUAUUGCGAUCGAUGGCAACCGAGCAAAACUGGCUAUAUGGGAUACCGCAGGUCAGGAGAGGUUCAGAACUCUAACACCAAGCUACUACAGAGGGGCCCAGGGUGUCAUUUUGGUGUAUGAUGUUACAAAGCGGGACACGUUCACAAAGCUUGAGAACUGGCUCAAUGAGCUGGAGACAUACUGUACACGCAACGACCUGGUUAAAAUGCUGGUGGGGAACAAAAUCGACAAGGACAACCGUGAAGUGGACCGGAACGAAGGCUUGAAGUUUGCACGGAAACACUCUAUGCUCUUUAUCGAGGCCAGCGCGAAGACGCGGGACGGAGUUCAGUGUGCCUUUGAGGAGCUGGUGGAGAAGAUCCUGCAGACGCCGGGGCUCUGGGAAAGCAGCAUCCAGAACCAUGGUGUCCAGCUGUCUGAUAAUGAACCCCAGCGUCAAGGAGCCUGCGGCGGAUACUGCUCACUGGUUUAACACUCACACCUCCAUCCCAAGCCACAAACUGAGACUGAAAGCACCAUUUUCCUUUCUAAUGAACGAGAGCUUCCUCUGAGGGGGAAUGGUCUGCUCUAUUAGAGCCAGUCAAAGGGACCUUUGCAGUUUUUUGCACACUCUCCAUUCUCCAAUAAUGCGCCACGUUAGCUGUUAUUAGAUGCAAUAUGUGCUGUUGAAGGUUGCAGAUAGAUUCCCCUCAAUGGUAGCGCCGCCUUUGACCAGAUGUCUGUUGGAUUACAGGAGGGGAGGGGCAAAAGACUGGCAAUAUCUGAUUGGUGCAGUGAACUCUUAACACUCAAAACGUCCUUUGUACCUGUACUACAUUUCACAUGCUUAUGAAUCGUUCUCUACCGCUCUCAUUUUAAUCUCUCGCUUUUUAUUUAAAUCUAUAUCCUCAUAUUAUUAUUAUUUUUAAUACGGCUCAUUAAUGCUUAACGUGACUAUAAUUUUGAGUUUUAUAAAUAAAACCUCAUCUGUAGCCGUUCUUAAUCAUAAUCUGAAUGAGAUGCUGUUUAAAAUGGCAUGUUUAAAUGAUGUAAUGUAUCAUGAUUUGGGAUAGGUUUUCACUUCACCGUGUUUUAAUCUUUGACUCGCAUAUUUUCUAGUUUAAUGUGAAUGAAAACCAAAAAAUAUCUUCUGUAUUCAUGUUUGUUUUUAAUCCCAAAGCCUUCCUGUGACUUGGGCUGCAAUCCAGUUUAUUUCUAUACACUUCACUCAAUAACUUCCCUCCAUGUUGCGCACUUGAAUGUACAUCAUUGAUUAAGUUACUACUGGUGGAACAUUUGAAUGGGGUUAAAGGUAAUCCCCAUUGAGCACUUAGAAACUACUGGGAAGUUUGCGAGUGCGUGUCUUAAAGUGGACUGGAAUGCCGCUUUCACCUUUUGACAUGACGCAGGGACGAUUUGGUUAUGCCUUAAUAUUUAUUAGAUCUGCAUGUUUAACGUGAUCUACUGGCUUUCGCUAUGAAUCUGUACUAGAGAGAGAGAGUUAAUGUAGCCAGGGUGACCAAUGAAACAGGGUUAAAGUGGUCAUCGCAUUGAAUUAUAAACAUCUAUUGGUCAAAA